AUGGUCCUCCAAGGCGUCGCUCCUGCUGAAGAACCCAUCGAGUCCAAGCAGGUCACCGACAAGUAUGACGCCGAUCUGGAAGAGAACGACAUCAAGCCUGUCCAGCCUGUCGACAACCACUAUGUCGACCCUUUCACCACCGAUGAGGCCUCGGCCGUCAAGUACAAGUCGUUGAAGUGGUGGCAGUGCGGCAUGUUCAUGAUCGCUGAAUCCGUCUCGCUGGGUGUUCUCUCCUUGCCAGCGACUCUGGCUGCCAUUGGUUUGGUGCCCGCCGUCAUCAUCAUCGUCGGUCUUGGUAUCGUCGCCCUCUACACCGGAUACACCAUCGGCCAGUUCCGUGCCCGUUACCCUCACAUCCACAACCUCGCUGACGCCGGCGAGAUCAUCAUGGGUCGCUUUGGUCGGGAGCUGUUCGGUUUUGGCCAGCUACUCUUCUCCAUCUUCAUCAUGGGGAGCCAUAUCGUCACCUUCACGACCAUGAUGAACACCAUCACCGACCACGGAACCUGCUCCAUCGUUUUCGGUGUCGUGGGCAUGAUCAUCUGCAUGGUUCUCUCCUUGCCCCGGACCAUCAAGAACAUGACCUACAUCUCCAUUGCCUCCUUUAUCAGUAUCUUCACCGCCGUCCUGAUCACCAUGAUCUCCGUCGGUGUCCAGUUCAAGGGCGGCGACAUCAACAUCACCACCGAGACCAACCUCUACCACUCUUUCACCGCCGUCACCAACAUCGUCUUCGCCUACUGCGCCCACGUCGCCUUCUUUGGUCUCAUUGCCGAGAUGGAGAAGCCCCAGGACUUUCCCAAGGCGCUUUGCAUGCUGCAAAUCUUUGAAAUUUGCCUGUACGUCAUGGCUGCCGUCGUCAUUUACUACUUUGUCGGCAACGACGUCGCUUCGCCAGCUCUGGGUUCCGCCGGUCCCAUCAUGAAGAAGGUCGCCUAUGGAAUUGCCAUUCCGACCAUUAUCGGUGCCGGUGUCGUCAACGGUCACGUCGGUUUGAAAUACCUCUAUGUCCGCAUCUGGCGCAAGAACCCUCAGCGCAUGGGCGGUCACGAUCUGGUCUCGGUCGGCUCCUGGGUUGCCAUCGGGUUGACCUGCUGGAUCAUUGCCUGGAUCAUCGCAGAGGGUAUCCCGAGUUUCAGCAACUUGUUGAGUUUGAUUAGUGCGCUGUUUGCGAGCUGGUUUAGUUUCGGUCUUGGUGGUGUGUACUGGUUGCACCUCAACUGGGGUCGGUACUUUUCUUCUCCCCGCAAGAUCGCCUUGACGAUCAUUAACGCUCUGAUCGUGGGCAUUGGCGCAACGAUAUGCGGGCUCGGACUGUAUGUGUCGGGCAAAGCCAUCCACGACGACUCCUCCAAGGCCAGCUUUACAUGCGCCAACAAUGCUUGA